AUGGCCUCAUCGAGGAUAUUCAUCAAGGGUUUGCCACCCAGUAUCUCGGAGGCUGACUUUCGGAAGCACUUCUCCGCCCAAGGUCGCGAGAUUACCGAUGUCAAGCUGAUUCCCCAGCGACGCAUUGGCUAUGUGGGCUACAAGACACCCGAAGAUGCCUCAAAGGCAGUCAAGUACUUCAACAGGUCUUACAUUCGUAUGUCCAAGAUUGCCGUCGAGACUGCGCGACCCAUCUCAGACCCCGCCCUCACCAAAGGCAAAGGCCAGAGCACCUGGCAUUCCAAAGCUGCAUCAACACCAUCCACAACAAUCAAGGGCAAUGAGCAGCCCGCUGAAAAGGAGUCAGACUCGAGCUUGAGAAAGCGCAAGCGAGAUGAGCCCCAGCCGGCGGACCCGAAGCUACGCGAGUUCCUUCACGUAAUGAAGGAAGGUAGAGAGGGCGCGCUCGAUGAUGGUGUCCGUGGUGGUAUCGGCGACGGCGUCGCUGCUGUUGCUGCCACAGCUGUUCCUGAAGAGGAGAGCGAUGAUGAGUACGAGCAGAUCCCGACUCGAAGGGAGAAGCAGCGCAGGAUUGAAGCACCAGAAAAGCCGCUGGUCUCUCAAUCUUUGCCUUCGCAGCUGAAAGAAGCAAGCGUGGUCUCUGAUCUGCAGGCGGAAACUCGUGCAGGCGACGAACCUGUGGAGCCUCAAGAAGCAACCGCAAAGUCAAGUCUGGAUAAGCCGGAGGUAGUCGCAGAGGAUGACGAUUGGCUUCGUUCACGAACAAACAGACUGCUGGACCUUGUUGAUCCCGAUGACUUGGAACGAACUCCUGCGCAAGGGGCACCAACAAGUGAGACCGAUCAUGCAGAGGGAGGCGAAGCUAUGGAACUCAUUUCUGUUGACCCUCCAGCUACAGCUGCCGCGGCGAUGAAUGAGACCACGAUGGAGGCAUCGGGGGGUGAACCGGCAAGGGACGACUCACUUGAGGCGAUCCGCCGAACAUCAAGACUUUUUGUCCGAAACCUGGCUUACAGCGCCACCCAGGAGGAUCUCCGGGAGACAUUCGAGCGGUUCGGAACCAUUGAAGAGGUUCAUCUACCGGUCAGCAAUUCAGGUACCAGCAAGGGGUUCGCCCUGGUGUUGUUUACUGAAUCGUCGGGAGCUGUUGAAGCAUUCCAAGCCAUGGACGGGGCGACGUUUCAGGGGCGUAUUCUUCACAUCAUUCCUGCGAGUGCAAAGAGAGACACGGGUCUGGAUGAGUUUGCAAUUUCCAAACUGCCCCUCAAGAAACAAAACAUGAUUCGGAAGAAACAAGAGGCAGCAGCUACUACGUUUAACUGGAAUGCGCUGUAUAUGAGCCAGGACGCCGUCAACGCGUCGGUCGCCGACCGUCUUGGUGUUUCAAAAUCAGAACUUCUUGACCCUACCUCGGCCGAUGCUGCCAUCAAGCAGGCCAUCGCUGAGACGAGCGUCAUUCAAGAGACCAAAGCAUACUUUACCGCUAAUGGAGUGGACCUCGAAGCUUUCAAGUCCAAGAAGCGGGGUGAUACGGCCAUCUUGGUGAAAAACUUUCCCUACGGGACGACGAUCGACGAGCUCCGUAAACUCUUCGAGGAGUCUGGGCCCGUGCUGAGAGUUCUGAUGCCCCCGAGCGGGACAAUCGCCAUUGUCCAAUUCUCGCAACCCAAUUACGCCAAAUCCGCUUUUGGGAAGCUGGCAUAUCGCCGGAUUGGAGAUAGUGUGCUCUUUUUGGAAAAAGCGCCAAGUGACAUCUUCAGAGGCGGCGACCAACUGGACCAAGCCGUGGCACUAAAAGAUCGUCCGGCUCCGACGGUCCAAAAUCUUAGUGUGGACGACUUACUGUCACGCGGUGAUAAGCCGGAGGAGGAGGAUUUGGAAACCACCUCACUGUUUGUGCGAAAUUUAAACUUUUCGACUUCCACAUCUCGGCUUGCUGAAGCUUUUCAGUCCCUCGACGGAUUCGUCUCUGCUAGAGUUAAGACUAAAAUGGACCCCAAGAAACCAGGACAGACACUUAGCAUGGGAUUCGGUUUUGUGGAGUUCCGCACAAGGAGCCAAGCCCAGGCUGCACUCAAAGUCAUGGAUGGUCAUGUACUUGACGAUCAUGCCCUGGCUGUGAAGGCAUCACACAAGGGCCAUGACGCAGCCGAGGAGAGACGCAGGGAAGACAAGGCUAAGAAGGCUGCAGGGCAGCGCACCAAGAUCAUCAUCAAGAACUUGCCUUUCCAGGCGACCAAGAAGGACAUCAGGUCACUGUUUGGAACCUAUGGCCAGCUUCGAUCGGUACGCCUACCCAAGAAGGCUGACUAUACCCCUCGGGGUUUUGCUUUUGCCGACUUUGUCACUCCCCGCGAAGCCGAGAACGCACUAAAUGCGUUGAGGGACACCCACUUGCUUGGUCGUAAGCUUGUCUUGGACUUUGCGGAGGCAGAGGCAGUCGAUGCUGAGGAGGAGAUCGCGAAGAUGCAGAAGAAGGUUGGAGGGCAGGUUAACAAGGUGGCCCUUCAGCAAUUGACUGGAAAGGGGAGGAGCAGGGUCAAUAUUGGCAAUGAAACUGAUGAGAUGGAUAUGUGA